AUGGGCAAGCCCAUCGCAGUGCAAAAUCGUGAUGGUGUUAAUCUUACCCUUCUUGGUGGUGUCAUGCGGGGUCGUGACUUUGAUGAGCGCGCUGCACAAAGCAUGGAAAUCCAUAAUUUGUUAGGCAUCAAUACUCGUGAUCAAGAUUCGCCGCGCGACGAGAUCCAUCGCUCGACAAGACCCAGAAACAAUACGAAUUCUGUCUCGACGUCGGAGAACCAUGAUAUAGUGCCAAGUGCAUUGCGUUCUGAUGUGACCGGAGCUCCAGAACUUUGGCCGAGAUGGACUACCGCUAUACCAACACCACGCAGGGGGCAAACUUCCGCUGAGAAGGGGUCAGGAACCAUAGUGCCGCCACCCUCGACAUAUGUCAGCACGCUCCAGCAUGCACUGACACCUGCAAAAGAUCAUUGA